AUGAUUCGGUUACUUCUGAUUAUUGCCGGCUUGGUGGCGACUGUCCUGGGGUAUGGUGAAGAUCCUCGUGUGGGUCGCAGUCGGGGUGCUCCCAUGCCGGGCACGUUGAGUUCUGUCGGCGGUGGCGGGGAGGAGUCACCUCCCAUCUACAAACCUGGGAGUCAAGCCUACGUAGUCUCUCAGUUCGUAAAACCAAAGCCUCCUCAUCAAUACUGGGAGGAAGAGACCUCUCUAACCAUUAUCCCGGAGAACAAGAAUUGUCUGCUGUGUGAGGCACAGGACACCGGCGCCUGUCGAGCCAUGCCGUCCUGCGUGUACUGCGAGCCUACUGUCACCGCCUUGUGCGAGCGAAGCACACCUUGUCUUAGGUGCACUGUUAUAAAGAAUCCGUUCUUCAAGUGCAGUCCUGGUGAGAAGUACAUGGAUGAGUGUGACUCCUGCCGCUGCACGGACGGCCACGACGGCUGGUGCACCAACCAAUUCUGCGAGUUCCGAUCACUUCACCUAUACGCCAUGAAACUAAGCGACAGCGAAUUCUAUUAA